AAUAAAGUAUUAAAAAGGAAAUUCUAGUUCCAGUUUUGAUUUUCGAUUUAGGAGUGAUACGAUAGCAACGUUGGAAGGAGAAGUAAGUAAGAGCAGAAUUGUUGGAACAAUCAGGUGUGUCGUCGGAGUUGUCUUUGUCGCGACCAAAACGAUGUCGUCGCCGGACAUUGUGUCGAUAUUAGAAAACUCGAAGGAGCUCGAUCGGUUAAGGAAAGAUCAGGAGGAGAUUCUGUCAGAGAUCAACAAGCUCCACAAGAAGCUUCAUGCUACUCCGGAAGUGGUUGAGAAGCCUGGGGAUAACUCUUUAGCAAGGCUUAAAGUUCUGUACACUCAAGCAAAAGAUCUUUCAGAUAGUGAAGCAAAUGUUUCCAACGUAUUGAUAAGCCAACUUGAUGCCCUACUGCCUUCGGGACCUCAGGGGCAAGCACGAAGAAGAAUAGGAAAAGAAGGUAAUGAGCAGAAAAGGAAACGAGUGAAGACUGAGUCAGACAUUUCAAGGCUAACUACUAAUAUGCGAAAUCAACUUGAGGCUUGUGCCAAUCUUAAGGGUGAACAGGUAGCAGCUAGGGUUACACCACGUAAUGCUGAUAAGGACGAAUGGUUUGUUGUAAAAGUGAUUCAUUUUGAUAAGGAAUCAAAAGAAUUUGAAGUACUAGAUGAGGAACCGGGUGAUGAUGAAGAGGGCAGUGGCCAAAGACAAUACAAGCUUCCCAUGGCAAAUAUCAUUCCUUUCCCCAAGAGUAAUGAUCCUUCAAGCGCUCCUGAUUUUGCCCCAGGAAAACAUGUUUUGGCAGUAUAUCCAGGAACUACUGCACUUUAUAAAGCUACAGUUGUUCAAAGCCAUCGCAGAAGGAAGACAGAAGAUGAUUGGAACAGUUAUCUGUUGGAAUUUGACGAUGAUGAGGAAGAUGGAUCUUUACCUCAAAGGACAGUGCCCUUCCACAAAGUGGUUCCUCUUCCAGAAGGACAUCGCCAAUGAGAUUAAGCAAUUUAUAGUAAUAGUUGUGUAUAAAGUAGAAGAACUAGACUAUUGCAUUAUGUCCCGGCUGUGUAAUAUGCUCCAUGUGCUUUUACGGUUUGUAAGAUUGACGUUGCGUUCUAAUUUCGAGUACGUAAGUAUGACAUUGUAGUUUAAUUUCACGUUACGUAGGAAUGAUAAAUAUCCAGGGUUUAGUUC